GUUUGAAGCGGCUGGCGGGAGCUAUUGAGGAAGUGAUUCAGUAUCUGCUGGUGAAUGUGUUUAUUUACCGUUUAUCGUGUUUAACAGUGUUUUAUAGUUUCAUUUAUUUAUAUUCGUCGUUGUUACGGAAGGAAACAGAUGGAUUCAGCUUCCGUAGAUCAGGAGGUGAAUAAGACGAGAGUUUGUCGAGCAGAAUACAGAUGUAUCAGCAGAUUCAUGGAGCAUCUCAGACCCACACGUCAGUGCAUGAGGAUACUCAAGACACAGUUUCAACAUCUUUCUCCGUCCACUCUUCUGAGCAUCUUCUCCCAGGAGUACCAGAAGAGAACGAAGCGCAGCAUGGCGAGGCAUCACGCGCCUGACGUCGUGAAGUCCUACUAUCAGUGGUACCGCAGCGAAGCCAAGACACGUCCCGCCGAUCCGCUUCUGCUGGAGCUGGCCAAUGAGGUGGAUGUGUCUCCGGCUCUUCUGGCUCGUGUGAUGGUGGAGUGUUUUAUGGAGGAGCGUGACACUUCAGUCCCCUCCAGACACGCCAUCAACAACACGCUGCGCGAGCCGGCUUUAAUUCCAGACCCGCUGCUAGCAAAACAUGUGGAACAGUGCAUAGUAAAUGACUGCUGUUACGGGCCGCUGGUGGACUGCAUCAAACACGCUAUCGGCCUAGAGCACGAGGAGAUUCUUCGGGACAAGCUCAGAGAGCGACACCUGUCGUUUUUAGAUGAGAAUCAACUUCGUGCCAAAGGCUACGACAAGACCCCAGACAUUAUUCUGGAGGUGCCCAUCGCUGUUGAAGAUCACAUCGUUCACUGGAUUGAAAGCAAAGCGUCAUUUGGAGAUGAUCACAGUCAUCAGACUUACCUGAACGAACAGUUCUGGAGUUACUGCAACAGGUUUGGUCCGGGUCUGGUCAUCUACUGGUACGGCUUCAUAUCAGAACUGGACUGUCAGCGAGACCGAGGGAUUGUGCUGAAAGACUGCUUUCCAUCUGACAUCACACCCCUGUGCCAGCGCUUCACUUCACCCUGACGCCCGCUGAGGCUGAUGGGAAACGUUCACAGGGCCGUCGUGAGCUCUGGAUGACGCUGGAGAUGUGAAUCCGGAAGCAAUUUAGAUUUCCUGCAGCGGCAAACAUGUGCUGUGACCUCCUGCUGAACUCCUGAGGGUCACAAUAAGACCCCUGUCCCCCCCAAACCCUGCACCAUCUCGUGUCUGUCAUAUUCCUGCUUCAUUCUUCUUCAUCGUGUGUUUGAGAAGUGCAUUAAAGUUCAAGUUUGUCUCGUGUGUGGGGUUUUGUUUUGGGCGUAGAAGUUAUUUUCAGUUUUUCUCCAGUCGAGCCCCUAACAGGCCAAACGUCAUGUUCAGAUUGAGUUGAAGAGUGUUGUGUAUGACGCUGAGGGUCUGCUGUUCCAUCCACUGAAGUGAGCUCUAACCCUACAAACAGACCUUGAUUCAGGCAGGAGGAUCUCAGGGCAAGUAGGGGGUCACCGGGCGUCCGAGGUUUCCUCUGUUAGACCCCCCACACCUCACCCGGGAACACCCCAAACCCAGAACACAAUAGUUCCCGCUGAGACACAUGAACGCCUCUAAAACAGUGCUUUACCGAGUCCAGGAGCAGGGUGUCCGCGGGGUCUUAAAAACUGUUCAAAGUUGAUCGAUCAAUGUAGAGGAAAUAAGGCCCUUAAAAAGUCUCAAAUGCCAUUUUUCAAGGUAUGAAAUAUUGUGUAUCAUCUUUUCACAUUUGUCCGGAGAGGUCAUGUGCUAAAGUUUGCCUGAAUGUAAUCCUUGUGUAGGUGAAUCGUGGGCGGUCCAUAUACAGCCGGUUGUUAAACAACAUGGUAGAUUAAUGGGGAAAUGCAAGUUCUCAUGCAAAUGGUUGGAGGCUAAAGAGUUGUAACCGUCGUCUCUGGGAAUAAGCGUGAGGUUUUACUGCUCUGUGUGUCUGAAGGAGAUUAGCGUAGCCUCGUUUCUCUUUCUAAUAAACCUUGCAUUGGGUUAGUCGCUCGAUUCAUUCUCUUGUGCUUCGUUCCCACCCUUCUGAAUGAUGUUAAAUUAAUGAGGAGUUAUCACAAACUAACACUGUUUAGUUGUGCUUUCUUAUAAUCAUUAUGUAGUAAAUGUAAGUUAAAGUGUCGCCAAUGUAACUGAUUAAAACUUCUUCAAAUGUAUGAAAAGAGUCUUAAAAAAGGUGAAUUGAGCUCCAUGAUUCCUGUAGAUCUCCUGCAGGAGCCGGUCAAACGAGGUGAGCGCUGACCAAGUGCUUUCUCUUCUGAUCUCUGCGUCCGCCGUCUCCACUUUCACAAUCACACAAACUCAUUCAUGUGUAUCAUUACAGUCAUCUGACAUGAAACUUUCUUUCUAUGGAUGUGAACGUGUCUUAACACUCGACAGGUGGAUGUGAAAGUGUGUGGGGUCAUUAGCAGGUGUCUGGUGUCGAUGGUGAAUGGCUCGCAUCACAUCACAACACUUCUGCUUCUCUUACGAAUGAAAAAGCUUCAUUCACCAUCAUCUUCUACUGAAUUCUGUGUUUUAUUUGACUAUGGUUGUUGAAAACUUCAGUAAAUAUUUUUAUAAAGUAUUUUUUAUUUUAGUUGAGUAAAAAUCACACAGUAACUGUUGAGAGAUGGCAUGUCAAUCUAUGAUUGUGAAUGAUUUUGGAUGUUAAAAACACUUGAGAAGGUUUAGACUUUCUUUUUAUGUAGUUUCUAUAGUAGUUUUCUCACAUUAAUUAAAGCAUCCGCUUACAUGCUCUAUUAUAAGAGCGGAUUUUAUAUUGUACCUCUGUGUAAAUUGUUAAUGAAUAAAAAACAACA